AUGUUUGUAAAUCCAGUUCUUCACGUUUGCUCGCAUACUAUAAAAGAAUUGAAGUACAAGUACAAGACAGUGAACCUAUUGAAAGGAGAGCAAUUCAGUUCUGAUUUUUCAAAGUUCAACCCUCUUAAUUAUGUGCCAGUUCUGGUGGAUGAGGGGGAAAUAGUAAUUUCCAACUCUUUUGCCAUCUUAAUGUAUUUGGAAGAGAAAUAUCAUCAUCAACGUCCAUUAUUACCUCAAGAUCUUCAGAAAAGAAUCAUCAAUUUCCAGGCAGCAAAUAUUGUUUCUUCGAGUAUACAACCUCUUCAGAAUGUUUCUGUUCUUAAAUACAUUGAAGAAAAAGUUAGUCCAGAUGGAAAUUUUGUUUGGGCUCAGAAACAUAUCAGAAAAGGUUUUGUAGCACUUGAAAAAUUGUUAAAUGGAUUUGCUGGAAGAUAUGCUACAGGGAAUGAAGUGUUCUUGGCAGAUUUAUUUCUGGCACCACAGAUUCAUGGAGCUAUUACACGUUUUAAAAUUGACAUGAAUCAAUUCCCUAUUUUAUUCAGACUCCACCAGGCAUAUUGUGAGCUACCGGCAUUCCAAGCUGCUAUGUCAGAAAAGCAGCCUGAUUUUGUGGAAACCUAGGUUUGUUCCAUCUCCUUGU